UUAAAUUCUCCCCCAAAAUCUCACUAACUGAGCAUAAAAAUCAAGUCUUUUUCAUUCUAACAUAAAUUAUCCCUUUUCUUCUUCAGAAUCCUAAAUCCCUUUUACUUGAAUUGAAUACUCGUGAUCAAUUUCAGCAUGCAUAGAGAGUUGUACCUCAAAGCAUUGGUGUUGUGCCUUCUCACAUGGAUUGCAGUUGCAGCAUUCCAGCCUCACAUCUUGAAAUCCGGCAGAGGCUUCCGCUCCUCUCUGAUUUUCUCCCUCUCCGGAAAUGUUUAUCCGAAAGGGUACUAUCAUGUAACAAUGAAUGUAGGGCAGCCUCCGAAGCAGUACUUUCUUGAUAUCGAUACUGGCAGCGAUCUCACAUGGCUUCAGUGUGAUGCACCUUGCACGAAAUGCACCCCGGCUCCUCACAGUCUUUACAAACCCAAACGGAACCUCAUCACGUGCAUUGACCCUGUGUGUAUCUCGCUCCAUGGACCGGGGAACCAUAAUUGUCAAUCACCGGAGGAGCAGUGUGAUUACGAGGUGGAUUAUGCCGACCAUGGUUCAUCUUUGGGCGUGAUGGUUAAGGACUCGUUUCCGCUUAGGUUUACCAAUGGCACAAUUGUUGCUCCAAAGCUGGCAUUUGGAUGUGGAUAUAACCAAGAAGUGCAAGACACGGCCCAUCUGCCUUACACGGAUGGAGUCCUCGGACUAGGCCUUGGCAAAUCAAGCAUCCUAGCUCAGCUACGGAACAUGGGUUUGAUACAAAAUGUCGUUGGUCACUGUCUAAGCCGAGAGGGUGGAGGGUUUCUCUUCUUUGGAGAUGACUUUCUCCCUAAUUCGGGGAUCGUUUGGACACCACUAUUGAGCCAAUCGAAAUACUACGCCUUAGGACCGGCCAACCUCCAGAUUGGUGGUCAAGCUACUAAUAUUAAGGGCCUUCCCAUAGUUUUCGAUAGUGGAAGUACUUACACGUACUUCAGCUCUCCAGCAUACAACGCUCUCGUUUCUUUGAUAAAAGGCAACUUAAACGGAAAGCAGCUGAAAGACGCAGUCGAGGAUAAAAGCCUUCCCAUCUGUUGGAAAGGCGCUAAGCCCUUCAAGUCGGUUCUUGAUGCUGCUAACCACUUCAAGCCUUUGGGUCUGAGCUUCACAAAUGCCAAAAAUGUUCAGCUUCAUCUCGCCCCGGAAUCUUACCUUGUUGUUACAGAACAAGGCAAUGUCUGCUUAGGCAUUCUCAACGGUGGAGAGGUCGGGUUAGAAAAUCUGAACGUGAUCGGAGACAUUUUCCUGCAAGACAAACUGGUGAUCUACGACAACGAGAGGCAGCAAGUGGGAUGGGCGCCUGCGAACUGCAACAAGCUUCCAAAGUCCGUGGAUCGUGGAGAUCUCGAUCAGCGUUAUGCUGCUCCCGUUUUUGGUGCCUUGAGAGAUAUCUGCCCAGCGAGGCUCAGAUUCUGGACGCGUUAGGCGCAGAAAUUUUACGCAGAGGUGGUUUGUAGCCAGAUAUGGUGCAGUGACUCUAUGGUGUUGUUAGAGUUUAGGAAAUAUAGAAAUGUUUGAAUGUUUAUAAUCUGUAGUAGAUGAGGCAUAGAACAUGGAUGAAUAACAUAAUUAUUUGGGGUUUUAGAGGAAGAUGCUACCAUCUUGUAUAGCUCCAUGGUGUUUUGUCUUUUGUACCGCUUUGUGUAUAUUGAUGAUGUCAUUUUCGUAAACGAGCUAAUUAAACGUGUUUCGUA